CUUCCAUUUUCGUCUCUAUUUAAAAAACGAGAGAGAGAGAGAGAGAGAAACUCGAGAACCGAAACGUCCCUUGUAUCGGCCGAUACGCGGUCGAGUUUCGUAACGCCUGUCCGUACAAAGUCCCCAACUCUACCUCUCUCUUCUUUCAAAACCUCGCUUCGAAAUCUGUCGUCUGUUUUUCUCCGGCAUGUCAAACCCGCCGGAAGGAUUGUCCGACGACUUCCUGGAGCAGAUCCUGGCCGUCCCUUCUUAUGCCGGAAACGAUGCGAAUUUGGCGGGAACGGAGGUGGGCCCCCGAGGAGGCGGUUUUCAGGGGCCGGUUUUCCCGUUGGGGCUGAGCUUGGAGCUGCAGGGGGAAGGUGGUUUUACGAAACCGGGAGAGGCGUCUGGGAGCGGUAAGCGGUUUUGGGAGGGCGAGGGGAAAGCUUCUGGAAAGAUCGAAAGAGAUCCUGUUCAUCUGACGAGUUUGUUCCCAGCUAUUCACACACACUCAAUACGGCCUAAUUCCACGCAGCAGCCUUUCCUUGGUCAAACAAUGGCAGGUAAUGCUGCAGUUGCGCCGCAUCCACCUGCUGUCCGUCCUAGAGUGCGGGCAAGACGGGGACAAGCCACCGAUCCUCACAGCAUUGCUGAGCGGUUACGUAGAGAAAGAAUAGCAGAAAGGAUAAAAGCUUUGCAGGAACUGCUCCCCAAUUUCAACAAGACAGAUAGAGCAGCCAUGCUUGAUGAAAUUUUGGAUUAUGUGAAGUUCCUGAGGCUCCAAGUCAAGGUUUUGAGCAUGAGCAGACUGGGUGGAACUGGUGCGGUGGCACAGCUUCUGGCUGACAUCCCGCCGUCAUCUGCCGAGGGGGAGGCUAGUGAGGGUGGAAGCAACCAGCAAGCAUGGGAGAAGUGGUCUGCAGAUGGCACGGAACGGGAAGUCGCGAAGCUCAUGGAAGAAGACAUUGGGGCAGCAAUGCAGUUCCUCCAAUCCAAGGCUCUUUGUAUCAUGCCGAUCUCUCUAGCUGCCGCCAUCUACCAAGCCCACCCGCCCGACAACCCCACGCUCAUCAAGCCUGACCGGGAUGCGCCUUCAUAGGCUAAUACAUGAUACGCGUUUUUGCACGUGCCGAUUGACAACUCCAUGCUCGGCCCCCCCACGUAACUAUCCUCACAGUUUCUUGGGCUGGUUAGUAAAUUCCCCUCAGAUGCCAGAUAUCACUUUGGUAUUUUCUUUUCAGUUUGAUUUGCUCUUCUUCUUUUUCUUUUUCUUUUUUUAAUUCUCAGUUUUUGUCAAACAUGGUGUAAUGUCAUUCCUAGAAAAAAAAAUAACUGAUAUUCUUAGUGUC